AUGGUAAUUUCUCUUUCAGCGAAAAAUAAGUUAGGUUUCGUAGACGGGACUUGUCCUAAACCUAAUUCUGAUGACACACCUGAAAAAAUUCGUCAAUGGGAUAGGUGUAACAACAUGGUCAUCUCGUGGUUGACCAGUUCCAUUUCACCAAAUAUUGCUGAAAGCGUCCAAUACUCAGAAACUGCUGAGAGUAUUUGGAAACAAUUAGAACGUAGGUAUGGGAUUGUUAGUGGCACAAAGAUCUUUGAACUAAAGAAAGAGCUGGCCUCAACUCAACAAGGAUCUCUUGAUAUUGCAUCCUAUUUCAAUAAACUGAAGAAAUACUGGAAUGAACUAGGAACUAUGCGUAAGAAUCAUAGUAACUCGUGUGUUUGUGCUGUUAAAACUGGUAUUGAAAAGGAUGAAGAGGAGGAUAGACUUUACCAAUUCCUUAUGGGUCUAAAUGAGGUAUAUGUGGGAGUUAGAAGCAGUAUACUUAUGAUGAAUCCUCUUCCUCAUCUUGACGAUGCUUACAACAUACUGCUCCAAGAUGAGAAUCAGAGGCAGGUUCAAUGUACCCCUCAAAUGGCUCCUGAAGCUGCUUCUUUUAAUGCUUCUUCAUACACCGCCAAGGGGCCUCCUCCUGCAUUUUCCUCUGGAAAUAUGAAUCCUAGGCUACCUAGGCCUCCUGCACCACAUUAUAAUCAGAGAGUUGAUUUUGACCAAUCCAAAGCAAGUCUUAUUUGUAGAUACUGUAAGAAACCAGGUCAUUUGAUUGAGCAGUGUUAUAAGCUCUAUGGCUAUCCAGCUCACUAUAAGCUCAAGGGAAAGAAGACGGCUGCAACUGCUACUGGGGACUUUAGUACCUUUCGUGUUCCACCUCAAGGUUUUCAUGCUGUUCCUCAAAAUUGUGCUGUACCAGAGGGACAAAAAUCCAUCCCUGGUUUGACUAAAGAGCAGAUCUCUCAGCUCAUCUCUCUCUUUCAAAGCAACCAGCUUAGUUCAACUUCUGAAUCUGCCACUGUGAUGGGAUCUGCAAAUUUUGCUGGUAGUACUUUCUCCUUUGAUACUUUUUCUAUGCCUGGUUAUAAUAGUGAUUCUCAUGCAUGCUUGUUAUCUGGUGUUAGUAAGAAUGUUUGGAUUAUAGAUAGUGGGGCCACUGAUCACAUAACAUCUGACAAAACCAUCCUUUCUAACCUUACUCCUCUUCCUGUUCCUUAUUUGGUGACCUUGCCCAAUGGGUACAAGGCAAAGGUUAAUUCUAUUGGUUUUGUUACCAUAUUCCCUUCCUUAGUACUUCAUCAUGUGUUAUAUAUUCCUUCAUUUCAGUAUAAUUUGGUUUCUAUGCACAAACUUAUUCUGCAAUUUCAUUGCAUGGUUUUAUUCACUUCUGUCUCUUGUAUUCUUAUCCAGGACCUUUCCAUGAGGAAGCUUCUGGCUCUUGGUAAAUUGGACCAAGGACUCUAUAAGCUUCUUCAGGAUAAGAAUCUCCUGCCUGCUCCUUCUAAUUCCUCCCAUGUUUUUUCUGAUAAUGUGCAUCAUUCUUCUAUUGGUACUAAGUUUGUUUCUAGCAUAGCUGCACCUACUAGAAGUGCUUUACAUUCUGUUCCUACAAUUCCAUGUAUUGAUGUGCAGCAUGUAAAUACGAAUAAUGUGAAUAAAAAUGAUGUGCUUUGGCAUCAUAGAUUGGGCCACAUACCUUUUACAAAAAUGAAAUCCAUUUCCUCUAUUUCUGGUGUUUUAUCUUCUAGACAGUCUUUCAUUUGUCCUGUAUGCCCUUUAGCAAGACAGAGCAGGUUGCCUUUUUCUCCUAGCAUCUCUACUUCUAGUUCCUUGUUUGACCUCAUCCAUGUUGAUACAUGGGGCCCUUACCAUACUCCAAUAUAA